AUGGUACAGAAAGGAAUCUUAGUACCAGUCGAACAUGCAGAAUGGGCCUCAGCUGUGGUGGUGGUUCCGAAACCAGGGGGUAAAGUAAGAAUCUGUGGAGAUUUUAAACAGACCAUAAACCCUUGGCUGGACGUGAGCCAGUACCCGCUUCCGAAACCGGAAGAGUUAUUUCAUGCACUAAAUGGUGGACAGAAAUUCUCAAAGAUCGAUCUGAAAGAUGCGUAUCUGCAGUUGGAAUUGGAGGAAGAAUCUAAACAGUAUCUGAUAUUGAAUACAUUGAAAGGACUGUUUAGAUAUGAAAGACUUCCUUUUGGCGUAGCAUCGGCUCCUGCAAUAUUCCAGAAAACAAUGGAAACGAUGUUGCAGGGGGUUCCCGGAGUUAUAGUCUAUCUGGACGAUAUCACUAUAACCGCGCCAUCCGACGAAGAGCACAUAAAACGAUUAAGAGAAGUGCUGAAGAGAAUUAAGGACUAUGGUUUUCGGGUGAAGAAAGAGAAAUGCGAAUUUCUCAAACCGGAAAUAGAAUACCUGGGACAUAUAGUAAACGCCGAAAGCGUAAAAACGUCCUCAAAAAAGGUAGAAGCCAUAGUCAAGAUGCCACCACCAAAAAACUUAAAGGAAUUACAGUCGUUCUUAGGCAUGAUAACUUAUUACGGGAAGUAUAUACCAAACCUGUCAUCUGAAAGUGCACCGUUGAAUCGGUUGCGACAAAAUGAUGCUGAGUGGGUUUGGGGAGAAAAGGAGCAGAUGGCCAUAGAUAAAAUAAAGAAAAUACUGGUAGACAGUGGAACACUGGCACACUACGACCCUACAGAGCAGAUAGUGCUCGCGACGGACGCGUCGGAUUACGGGCUAGGUGCAGUGAUAUACCACAAGUACCGUGAUGGUACAGAGAAAGUGAUAGCGUACGCAUCUAGAACUCUCACCGGAUCCGAGAAGAAUUAUGCGCAAAUUGAGAAAGAAGCGUUGGGCAUUAUCUAUGGCAUUGAAAAAUUUAACCAACAAAAAUCAAGGAAAAAAAUCAAUUGAUGACCUCAGUGACCAACCGGGUUUUCCUAAAGGUUCGUUCUUUCGAAAAAAAAAUCCAGCGAGCCUUCUUUGAUUCCAGUUUUCAAAAAAGUUUUAAAGUAAUUUUUUUGUAUUUCAGAAGUUGAGUUCUUCCCAGCAAUGAGCGAGGCCGAAGAAGGAUAUUCUCAGCAGUCACAGGUCAGUGAAGAAACUAUUUUCCUUUUCAAAAGGCAAAUAACUUUUUUUCCGGUUAAUUUCAAAAUCAUCUUUUGAAAAAUAGGUCACUCACGAAUUGAUACUUUCAACUUGACUUCAACCUUUUCAGACAUUUUCUCAAUCUCAAUCUUCUACGUUCGACAACCCGACAACUUCCAGCGACACGAUCUUCGCAGCUUUCAACGACGCCAUCAAUUACGUGAACAAUUGA